ACCGCUCUGCCGCAACGGCCGCCAUGUUGCCGAAAGCACUUUGAAUGCGAACGGUCGGCGUCCCCUGAAAAUGGACAACGGAGAACUCCGGGAGAACUCCGGCGGGUUCGCUGAGCGACGCGCGCAAGAGUCCGGCGAGAGCAUCGACCUUACCAGCGAACUCGAGCGGAUGGAGCGAAACAUCAAUUAUUACGAGUCGAAGUUGCAAAGCUGCCGCGACAAGUACGAGAGCGUGGAGAUGGAGAUUUGCGACGUCAAGCAGUUGCAGUACAAGGCGCAGUUCCAGUUGGACCACACGCGUCUGGAAGAGCUGAGUAUGCAGGAGCGUUUGCAAAAGAUACGUCUGAAUUACGAAGCGUGCGUGGAGAAGUCGAGCGGUUACGAAGAUCCGGACGAGAGAGUUCACGCGAUGAUCAGCGAAUUGACGACGCAGAGGAACGCGUUGAUGCAGGAACUGAAGCAAUUGAAAAAAAACGCCGAGAAGAACGGCGCAAAACUCGCCCACGUGAGAGCUAUGAUCAAGGAGCAAGAAGAAAAGAACGCGAUUUUGCUCCGAGAAUUGAUGAAAAAGCGCGGGGACGCCGCGCAAGAUACGCAAAAACGAAUAAACGCGCUUCUGGAACAUCUGAAGACGGACGAGAGAGACAAUGCUACUACUAGCGAUACGAUACAGUAGGCUUAUGUAAGUAUAUAGAUUUAUAUAUAAUUAUAAUUAUUUAAUUAUAUAACGAU